CCUCCCUCAAGUAACCUUUUCAACGCUAUUUUAAAUCUUUUAUUAUUAUUAUUAUUAUUUAUUUCAACCAGCACAUAGAUUCACAUAACUGAGAUACGUAAUAAUUUUAAGUCUAAUGCCUCGAUAAAUUUCUUUUAAGAAAUAGUUCACUGUAAAUAGUGCCGCGUUACCGGGCUCGCAGAGAUCCGCGUGCAUGUAAACAUGGGCACGUCAGCGCGCGAUUAAAGUUUCCCGGUACUGGAGAAUGGAUAUUUGUUUUUAAACUCAGCACACUUCAUUCUCUUCUCCAUCUGCCCGAGUGUCAGUCAUGGACAGCACUAAAGUCACUCUGACAGUGAGAGGGACCACAACAAUGGGUGAAGUGAUUGCAGUGGUUGGCAGUUGUGAAACCCUGGGCAGCUGGUGUCAUCAAAAAGCCGUGACCCUACAGCCAGCAGAGGAGGAUGGCACCCUGUGGAGAGCAACCGUUCAGGUUCCUAGAGGGGGUGAAACCAAAUAUCGCUAUUUCAAGGGAUUCAUUUUAGAAUCUAAGAAUGCAGGUGGGCCAUGUCAAGUCAUAGUCAGUAGAUGGGAGACCCAUCAGCUGCCACGCUCAUUGAGUCCCUCAGAACCAGAGUUUGUGAUUGACGAUGGACAUUUUGGAAUCCAUAGUGGCAUUGAGUGUGUGGACUCUGGCUGGCUGACGUGCCAGACAGAAAUUCGUCUCAGGCUUCAUUACUCUGUUAAACCUCCAGUAUCUAUUACUAAGAAAAAAUUUAAGAAAUCACGCUUCAGAUUGAAGCUGACGCUGGAAGGUUUUGAGGAGGAUGAAGAGGAAAGCCCUUCAUCACGGCACAAGAUGAGCACUACGCUGGAGAUCAGUAUGAUCAGUGACAGCGGAUAUAAGUCUCGUCAUUCCCAGCCAGAAUGUGGAUACGCCCUUGAACCCUCCCAGUGGACUGAAUACAGUAUUCACACCAUGGACCCAGACAACCUAGAGCUCACCUUUGAGUUCUUUGAGGAGGACCUGAGUGAGACCGUGGUUCAGGGUGAUGUCCAUCCAGGCCACGUUGGUACCGCAUGCCUCUUGUCAUCUUCUUUUGUGGAGAGUGGCAAAGAUCAGGGUGUGGUCACACUACCCAUCAUGAGCCGAAAUGCCAGACAGACAAUUGGAAAAGUUAGAGUGGAUUACUUGGUGACACGACCUAUCCAAGGCUUUCAGUGUGACAUGAGGCAGUCUUUUACCAAAUACUGGAAGAAAAGGAGCGCUUUGGAUGUUGGACACAGAGGAGCAGGAAGCACACUUGCUCCUAAACAUCACAAGAUCAGGGAAAACACAAUUGCCUCAUUUCUAAGUGCGGCCAACCAUGGAGCUGCUUAUGUAGAGUUUGAUGUUCAUCUCUCUAAAGAUUUAGUUCCAAUCGUGUACCACGAUCUCACCUGCUGCAUUUCUAUUAAAAAGAAAAAUGACAAGAACUCAAUGGUAUUGUUUGAAGUUCCUGUCAAGGAUCUUACGUUUGAUCAACUUCAGCUUUUAAAACUCGUCCACACAACUGCCAUGGAAAUUCAUGACCACAAAGACUUGCAGGAUGAAGAGGAGUAUAUAGAUGAGCACCAGCCUUUCCCUUCCCUUUCACAGAUAUUCCAGGCUGUUCCAGAUCAUGUGGGAUUCAACAUUGAGCUGAAGUGGAUUUCUCAGUUCAAGGAUGGCUCCUGGGAUGCUAAACUCUCCACCUACUUCAACAUGAAUCAGUUCUUGGACAUCAUCCUCACCUGUGUGCUGCAGAACGCCGGCAAUAGGAGAAUAAUCUUCUCUUGUUUUGAUCCUGAUGUUUGCACAAUGGUGAGGCAAAAACAGAACAAAUACCCCAUCCUGUUUCUGACCCAAGGAGUGACAGACCUCUACCCUGAACUCAUGGACAUCCGCUGUCAGAGCACUAAGAUCGCCAUGAGCUUUGCUCAGAGUGAGAACAUACUGGGAAUCAGCGCUCACACUGAUGAGCUCUUGCGAAACAUGGAGUUCAUCAGAGAGGCUCAGUCUAAAGGGUUGGUGGUCUUCUGCUGGGGCGACUAUAACAACGACCAUGAGAACAGGAUGAAGUUGAGGGAACAGGGCAUUGAUGGCCUCAUAUAUGACAGAAUCUGUGAUGACAAACUCGAGCAGCCAAACAUCUUCAAGGUAGAGGAACAGGGCGGAAGUCUCAAGAAGGUCAUUCAAACAUGUGCCUGCUCCUCCUACAGCAUUCCCUGCUCCUCCAGUCCGUGUGCAGGAAAAGCCCAGGAGGCCAACGGGGAGUCCGAUUCCGGCCUCAGUUCCUCUUGAGACCCACACAGCCUGUCCACCUUCACUCUAUGUCUGUAAUCUUCCAACAAAGCACCAGAACUAAGCCACAAAUACACUCCGUCAUUAAGCCAAACUUAAGCCUGAGAUGUUUUAGAGCAUAAUCGUGUAAAGAAUGAUAUUAGGCACAAAUGCACAAUGCUAACUUCCACAAAAGCAAUAUUUUUUGCUUUAUUUAGCCAAUUUGCUGUAUAUUUCGAUGCAAAAAAAAAAAUGGUGUAUAGAAUGUUUUUUAAUAUAAUUUUUAAUAUUCUGAUUUUUUUUUCUCUUCAAGUAUUUAUCGAUUUCUUUAUCAGAGUAAGUAUUGAACAUUAAUACAGUAUAGUAUUUCUAUUUCUUGAACAACAAAAAUGCAAGAUUAUUAUACCAUACAAAUAGCAAUUCCAUUUCAGUAGCUAAAAGUGAGGCCUGCCUCUUUAAAAUCUCUUAAAAACAAAAAGAUUUUGAGGGUUUUGUUUUAAAAAAAGACACUUGUGAUGUGAACAUGUUCCUCGCCUGUAUAUUAUUAUCUUUUCACUACUAUAUCCAUCCACAAAUUCAUUCUUAAAUGAAACUGUUUCAGCAGAACAAAAUUGAAUCAUCUUUUUAUUCAGAUGUGCAGUUGACAUGAGCUCUUCACUGUAAAUGGGUAUAUGCUACUGAGUGUCAGUGUGAUCUUGUCUCUCAGCAGGUAUUUAUUCUGCUUCUCCUCACUACAGGGCAGUGAAAUCAUGCAUGUUUGCUGUUCAGUGCAACACUGGUCUCCAGCAACGUGCUUUAUGAAUCCACACUCAAUGUUGUAGAUGUCAGCAUUUCAGCAUAAACCAGGACAAUUCUAUGAGAGCCAGAAUAAACAUACUUAUUACUAAUGAAA